UCUUGGCUAACCAUCAACGUGUAAAUAAGAACGGCCGGCAGCAGGUUGUCGUUCUCUUUGAGAAUUUUCCUCCAGUCGAGCAAGUGCACUUCUCCUUUGGCGUACCUCCGAACAGAGACCAGCGCAUUGAACAUGCGUACCCUUUGUGUUGUGCUCGUGUUGGCCGUAGCCAUACUUGCCCCAGCACAUUCAUACCACCUUCAGAAGAGGUCUUUGAAAAUCUUUCGACUGCAGUGCAAACCGCCUUCAUUCCACUUGUACCGGCUUUGCUUUCUUCAACAAAUAAGUGAUAGCAGAGACACUGAAGAAGACGACGACCGCGAUGACGGUACCAAUGACGACUACGAGAACGACACUCCGGAGACAGGCGAUGAAGAGAGUGAGGAAGACGAACAAGAAACCACUACAAGCACAAGUGCUCAUUUUACCACUUCCUUUCUGCCCUCCACUGAAAACUCGUCCGAGAGAAAGCGUACUACAAAAUCUGCUAGCACAUACGCAACUUCACCUAGCCCCUCUGAACAGUUGACAAAGGCUACCCUAGAAAGAACCAGUACCAGUGCCUAUCCAACAACUUUCUACAUGGCGUCAUCUCAAGAUAAAUUAACUUUGACUUCAUCUUCAAUUGAUAAGACUGCGUCAUCACAGAAUAAUAUGAACUUCUCAAAGGCUACUGUAAAUACAACCAGUACUCAUUUAUCUUCCCCAAUUCCAUAUGUUCAGCCAAUACAAGAUGCCUCGAUACCAGGAAAGGCUGCCACAAAGUCGACCAGCACCGCUGCUACUUCUACUACUGCUUCUCUGCCUUAGUAAGACCAUGGAGGCCAUGAAAAUUUAUCACAGAACGGCGUCAGCCUACAAUAAAAGCUAGAGGAGUGAUGAUGAAUAAAAUUUGAGAAACAAUGGCA